ACUAGUAAAAAAAGUGCCCUCUCUCCCCCACGGAGCCGUGGGAACUUUUCGGCUCCCGUGGCGCUCCACGGCUGAGGCUCGCGUAUGUGCUGGAGGACCGCGGCGCCUUCGCCGAGGCCGAGCCGCUGCAGCGCCGAUUCCUGGAGGCCACGGAGCGGCGCCUGGGCCCCGAGCACCGCGAGACGCUCAUCGCGGUGAACAACUUGGCGUCGGUGCUGGAGCGCCUGGGGAAGUUUAGCGAGGCGGAGGCCCUGCAUCGCCGAGCUCUUGCAGGGAGGGAAGCGCACCUCGGCGCGAAUCAUCCGGACACGCUUGGAUCCAUGAACAACCUGGCGCUGCUCCUGCGGCAGCAGGGGAAGCUGGAGGAGGCUGAAGAACUGCAACGCAAAGCGCUCGCAGGGUUUGAAGCGCAGCUGGGAGCGAGCCAUCCCAACACGCUAAUCUCCGUGAACGUUCUCGCUAUGAUCCUCGAGUCGCAAGGCAAAUUGGAAGAGGCAGAAGGUCUCUACCACCGAUCCUUGGAAGGCCGCGAGUCCCAACUGGGAGCCCAACACCCCGACACGCUCCUCUCGGUGCACAACUUGGCCUUUGUCUUGAAGCAGCAGGGCAAGUUGGAGGAGGCAGAGGAGCUCUAUCGCACGGCCUUGAGUGGGCGAGAAGGUCAGCUUGGCCCCGAGCAUCCGGACACCCUCAGCUCCGUGCGGAAUUUGGCGAUUCUUCUGGAGGAGAGAGGCUCCGUUCCAGAGGCGGGGCAGCUUUAUCUCCGCGAGUUGCGUGGAUUGGAGGAGCUGCACGGGCCGGAUGCCGAAGAGGUCCGAGCGAGUCGCCGCAACCUGGAGCGAUUCCAACAAGAGCACGGUCCAGUCGCUUGAAGGCAGAUCGGCACCUUUCAGCCCGUGACCCCGCACAUGGAGCCGCCAGCCAUCAUCAUAUAUUUGUAUCAAAAUGUAUCAAUAUCUCCCGUUUCACCGAGAUCCAUAGAGGGUUAGAACCCACAAUCAGUGCUUUGAAUUGCCAAGUGCCAAGUGUGAAAACAGGGCGUUUGUCGAUUUGACCCCACCACAGAGCACUUGAAGGUCAGGGCUUCCAAUCAGGACAGUGUUG